AUGUCUGUGCCUACGGGAGUUGGCAUUGAGUGCCACGAUCUCCAAUCAAACCCUCGCUUCCUCUUCCGCCAGCCUCGGGCGCUGCAGUGGUUUGAGAACGGGAGGCUGGUGAAGCGCUCGGAAGAUGAACGACAAGCAGGCCGAUUCGAACUGUUCCUCGACUUGCUGUACGUUGCGAUCCUAUCGAACUUUGCGGAUACCCUGGUGGAAGAUAUCUCGGGCGCGAAGCUUGUCAAGUACAUUCUUAUUCUCUCCCCAUCAUGGCAUGUGUGGAGCGAUCUGCGCGAAUUGAUGAACUCCUUCUACAACGAUGACCUCCUGCAGCGUGUGCUCAUCCUAUGGGUCAUGGCCACUCUAGUCGUCUACGGAAAUAACGCGCCCUUAGUCGACGAAGAAAUUGGCGCGAUGCGCUCUGCAGUUGGAGCCUAUAUGGCCGCUCGAAUUACAUGCAACCUCGCCCACCUAUACUACUCGUUCGCGAGCUAUCAUCACCGGGCCCAGCAACGGCUCUGGGUGGGGCUCUCCACUCUAUGUCUCUGCAUAUACAUCCCACUAUACUUCGAGUCGGUCUCCAUUCGCAGCAAGAUUGCGACCGCCGCUGUGGCUAUAUUUGUUGAGGAGUGUACAUGGAUCUUCUGUUAUUCUCCAGCUGCAAAGAAGCUGCUUCGAGCGACGUAUACUACCGCCGUGGAUAUCAACCAUGAAGUGGACCGAUACGCGGCAUUUUAUAUUAUUGCAUUGGGCGAGUUCUUGUACCUGAUUAUUGUCGGGUCGCAUGCUGCAGUUGGCCUGAACGAUCGCCUUCUUCGAGCAAUUUGGACUCUGAUUAUUGCCUUCUGUCUGAAUUGGCUGUAUGUGCAUAACGAUGGUUCCGUUGAGAACGACCAUCCUCUCCGACACAGCAUCUACACGGCUUUUGCCUUUGCCUUGAUCCACCUCCCGCUAAUUGCUAGUCUGUUGGCUGGUGGUCAUGUCGCUGCUGCAUCCGUGGCGGAGCAUGAAUUCGAAGAACCCCAGCGAUGGCUGCUCUGCGCUGGCCUUGGUGUUGGCAUGAUCUGUCUGUAUAUUUUCGCGUUGAUGCACGGAUCAAAGGAUGAGCGUGGGACCUUGCUUCUAGAUAAGCCACUUCGAUUGAUCAUGCGGCCCAUCACUGGUAUAAUCAUGAUUCUGUUGCCACUUGCAAAGCAUCUUGGUGCUACCUCGAUUCUAUCUACCGUCAUGGCUCUUUUCGUCUUCUGCACUUUCUGGGAGACCAUCGCGUCGCUACGCAAGGGAGCUCUCUUCUGGGAAAGAUGGGAGGAUACUCAGUACCCGGAGAAAAACCUCAUCACUGAUGAGGCUGCGAAGAAGGAGAUGGCAUCUGAACCUUGA